GGAAAAAAAAAAAGUCACGUGUAGAGAGAAAUCUGCUGCCGGCCAGUGCAAGCAAAAAUGGCCAAGCGGCUGCCAAACGUGAAGCUCCCUCUUUCAACUCGUUAUGGCUGACCAAGAACAACCCCAGAAGCGCAGAACCUUCCGCAAGUUCUCUUACCGUGGUGUCGACCUCGACCAACUCUUGGACCUCUCUUCUGAGCAGUUCAUGGAGCUCGUCCACUGCCGUGCUCGCAGAAGAUUCCAGCGUGGCUUGAAGCGUAAGCCCAUGGGUCUUAUCAAGAAGCUUCGUGCUGCCAAGAAGGAGGCUGUCGGUAACGAGAAGCCCACCACCGUCAAGACUCACCUUCGUGACAUGAUCAUUGUUCCCGAGAUGAUUGGCUCUGUUGUUGCCAUCUACAACGGUAAGGUUUUCAACCAAGUUGAAAUCAAGCCUGAGAUGGUUGGUCACUACCUCGCCGAGUUCUCCAUCUCCUACAAGCCCGUCAAGCACGGUCGUCCCGGUAUUGGUGCCACCCACUCUUCCCGUUUCGUUCCCCUCAAGUAAACGACUGGUGUAUUUUAUGUACUCGGACCACAUUUGUCUUUAUUCAUGCUUGGGAUAUCGUGAAUGAAAUAAAAAAAAAUACAAUCAUAGUCAGCUAUAUGUUUGGGAGUUUUUUGUUUCAACUUAAGA